GUCUUGCUCCUCUGCUUCAUUUGGGGACUCAGUGUCCACUUCAAGCCCACCGACCAUGGCUGAAGGAACAACCGGAGGGAGCCCCGGUAGGCAGAGUGAUCCAAACAAAGUGGAUGCUGAUGGAGGGGGUCCACCCAGGGGGAAAUGGGCCAACAAAACGGAGUUUUUGCUCUCCAUGGCCGGAGAAAUCAUCGGCCUGGGAAAUGUUUGGCGUUUCCCGUAUUUGUGCUACAAGAACGGAGGAGGUGUCUUCUUCAUCCCUUACUUCAUCUUCCUCAUCUUCGGCGGCAUCCCCAUCUUCUUCCUGGAGACGGCGCUGGGCCAGUACACCAGCGAGGGCGCCGUCACCGCCUGGAGGAAGAUAUGCCCCAUGUUUGAGGGUGUGGGGAUCGCCUCCCUGGUCAUCGUCAUCUACCUGAACAUCUACUACAUCGUGGUUCUGGCCUGGGCCCUCUUCUAUCUGUUCAACACCUUCCAAAGCCCGCUGCCCUGGUCCACGUGUGAGAACUGGUGGAACACCGACAACUGUCAUGGCCGCGCCGGGGUUUACGGCGACCCGCAUCUGUUCCAACUCGAGUCCAACUGGUCCUUCCUGAACAACAUGAGCUCGUACGACUACUUCGAGAACACCACCGACAUGAUGCUAAAUGGAACCUUCCUUAUGGUCAAGUCCCCCGAGGAGGAGUUUUGGACGAAUCGUGUGUUGAGGAUGUCAGAUUCCAUGUCCCUCGGCAAGGUGCAUUGGGACCUGGCGCUGUGCCUGCUGCUGGCGUGGAUCAUGUGCUACUUCUGCGUCUGGAAGGGGAUUAAGUCCACAGGCAAGGUAGUCUACUUCACCGCCACCUUCCCUUACCUGAUGCUCCUGCUCCUCUUCUUCCGCGGGGUGACGCUACCUGGCGCCGGGGAGGGCCUGAGAUAUUACCUGUUGCCCGACGCCACAAAGCUGGCCGACCCUGAUGUGUGGCUGGACGCAGGCACCCAAGUCUUCUUCUCCUACGCCGUCUGCCAAGGAGUUCUGACCUCUCUGGGAAGCUACAACAAAUACAACAACAACUGCUACAGGGAUUGCGUGGCGUUGUGCGUUCUCAACAGCGCCACCAGCAUCUUUGCUGGCUUUGUGGUGUUCUCCGUGCUGGGCUUCAUGGCGCACAGCCUGGGCUUGCCGGUGUCGGAUGUCGCUCACAGCGGUCCAGGUUUGGCCUUUAUCGCCUACCCUAAAGCUCUCUCGAUGCUGCCCGGCUCCACCUUUUGGACCGUGCUCUUCUUCCUCAUGAUCCUCCUCCUGGGUCUGGACACUCAGUUUGUGUGUGUGGAGAGCCUGGCCACGUCCAUCACUGACCUGUUCCCUCAGCAGCUGAGGAGGCCCGGCGCUCGGGAGCUUCUGGUUCUGGUUAUUUCGGUUGUUUGCUUCCUGCUGGGCCUGCCGCUCAUCACGGAGGGAGGAAUCGUGCUCUUCCAGCUGAUUGACAGCUACGGGCCGAGCGGAACCAGCCUGCUCCUCAUCGCCUGCUUUGAGACGGUCGCCAUGUCCUGGGUGUACGGCGCCGACCGUUUCUGUGACAACAUCGAGGACAUGAUUGGGUACCGGCCGUUCCCCCUCUUCAAGUACUGCUGGUUGUUCAUCACGCCGCUGCUCUGCGUGCUCACGAUGCUGUACGACCUGACCAACACGCACUCCCUCAUGGUGUACGACUACAGGCCGGGCGCGUGGGCCUCCGCCUUGGCCUCGCUGCUGGUUCUCACGCCGCUCAUCUGCAUCCCGGCGUUCAUCCUCAUCACGCUGUGCAGGAACCCCCAGAACAUGACGACGCCGUCCAGCGAUCUGCGCCAGGCUCGGCCGCAUCAGCCCGUCCUCACCUUGUGUGACCGCGUAAUCUUCGCCGCCUCAAAGCCGCCCGGCCGGAGAGACGAUAAAAUAAUGAUGGAGGAGCCCACAAGUCCACUUGAAUCUGUCAACCGGCAGACAACACAAAACGUUGCGCUGAAACCCGCCAUGGGCAAGACGGGACAUAGUACGGUGGACCUGAACUCCCCGUCUGACGUCAAACAAGCGGUUCCCUUCGAGGAACUGGACCUGGCGUCUCCCCCUAUGGACCGAGAGACGAAAGAGGAGGAGCCCCCUGACCGAGGAAGCUGGAAGGGCAAAUUUGACUUCUUGCUGUCCUGCGUGGGAUACGCCAUCGGCUUAGGGAACGUGUGGAGGUUCCCGUAUUUGUGCGGCAAAAACGGCGGAGGAGCCUUCCUGAUCCCGUACUUUAUGACGCUGGUGUUUGCUGGCAUGCCGCUCUUCUUCCUGGAGACGUCCCUGGGACAGUUCACCUCGGUGGGAGGCCUGGGAGUGUGGAAGCUCAUGCCCAUGAUGAAAGGUGUGGGUCUGGCUUCAGUGGUUCUGUCCUUCUGGCUCAACAUCUACUACAUCAUCAUCAUCGCAUGGGCACUCUACUACUUGUUCAACUCCUUUGGUUCGGAGCUCCCAUGGCAAAACUGCGAUAAUCCCUGGAACACGGAUCAAUGUUUCUGCAACUACAGCCUGACGGACACCACCAACCUAACCAGCGCCGUCACAGAGUUCUGGGAGCGAAACAUGCACCAGCUGUCCGGUGGUCUGGAGGAGCCAGGAGAACUGCGUUGGCCCCUGGUGGGCACCCUGGCACUGGCUUGGGUCCUCGUCUAUUUCUCAAUCUGGAAGGGAGUGGAGUGGACGGGGAAGGUGGUGUACUUCUCAGCCACUUAUCCUUACUUCAUGCUCUUCAUCCUGUUCUUCCGAGGCGUCACCCUGCCUGGAGCCAUCGACGGCAUCCGCUUCUACAUCACCCCGGACUUCAAUAAGCUCACACGCUCGGAGGUGUGGCUGGACGCCGCCACUCAGAUCUUCUUCUCGUACGGUCUGGGCCUGGGCUCGCUCAUCGCCCUGGGGAGCUACAACAACUACAACAACGACGUCUACAAAGACUCCAUCAUCGUGUGCUGCAUCAACUCCUGCACCAGCAUGUUUGCAGGCUUCGUCAUCUUCUCCAUCGUGGGCUUCAUGUCCUUCAUCACCAAGAAGCCCGUGCAUGAACUCGCCGCUUCAGGUCCCGGUCUGGCGUUCUUGGCCUACCCUCAGGCGGUCACCCAGCUGCCCAUGUCGUCUCUGUGGGCCAUCCUCUUCUUCUCCAUGCUCAUGAUGCUGGGCUUGGACAGUCAGUUCUGCACGGUGGAAGGUUUCAUCACAGCUCUCAUGGACGAGUAUCCCCUUCUGCUGAGGAAGAGGAAGAAGGUCUUCAUCCUCAUCGUGUGCUUCAUCUCCUUCAUCAUCGGCUUCUCCAACAUCACGCAGGGGGGACUGUACGUCUUCAAGCUCUUCGACUACUACUCGGCCAGCGGGAUGUGCCUCCUUUUCCUCGUCUUCUUCGAAACGGUCUCCAUAGCUUGGUUGUACGGGGCCGAGAGGUUCUACAAGGACAUCGAGGACAUGAUCGGCUAUCGCCCGUGCGUCUGGUGGAAACUUUGCUGGAUGUAUUUUACGCCGCUCAUCUGCCUGGGCGUGUUCACCUUCAGCGCGGUGGAGAUGACGCCUCUGACUAUGGGAAAGUACGUUUAUCCUGUUUGGGGUCAAACCGUAGGCUGGUUGAUGGCUACGUCCUCCAUGGUGCUCAUCCCGGGUUACAUCAUCUACAUGUUCUGCAGCACGCCGGGAACCCCCCAGCAGCGCUGGAAGAGGAUGACAACGCCCCGGCAGGACAAACCAUCAGGUCACGACCUUUGUACUCACACUGUUGGCGAAGCCCCUGUCUAACACUCGCUAUACAAAUAUUCUAUAUAUAUUAAACUUCUUAAUCGUUCACUGCUUCAACGUGCAAACUACGACAGCAAGUGUCAUUAAAAGUCAAUAAUGUUUUUUUUUGUUUACGUGAAAGAACAAAUGACAAAAACAAUUAUAAACUAUAAAAAAUAAAAGAAAUAAUUAAGUGUUUUUCGGACUAAAUAGAGUAGAUAAAAUGUGUACCUGAUGAAAUGUUGUGUGAGAUGUAAUACAAACAAGUACUUGAACUUGUAAAUACCUUUUGUAAAGGAACGUUUCAUUAGUUGAAUCAAUCAUAAGCAUGAAGUAUUUUCAUUAGGGGCGUCCCAAUACAACUUGUUCAUUUCCAAUACAAUAAUGACAUUGAAGUCUUCAGUAUUGACCGAUACUUGUAUUGAUCCGAUAGGAUAUCAGCAAGAAUCAUUGUAUUAUUUGGCAGUGUGGAAUAUUAGAAAGGGUUUGUUCAACUGAAAUGAGUGAAACAGAGAGCAAUGGUGGGUAUGAAACUAUUUAUUAUUAACCAUCUGGAAUGGAUUUAUGCUGUCUUUAAGGUGAAGUGGAGGGAUUAUUGUUUUUUUUGGCAACACCUCGUGGUCACAAUAAUUCAUGAAGUUAAGGGCAAACGUUGAAUGAUGCAAACACGUUUAUUACUGGAUACUUUCUAAUACGCUUCUGCCUUGGAGACUUUGUAUGUGUAUGUGUAAGUUAUAUGUACCGGUAAGUAUGAUUAUUUGAUACUUGUUUAUAUUGAUUAAUUUUAUUGUUCAAUGAAAAACGCUUAUAAUGUAUGUCGAGCUUAUGUGCUUUUCUGUGCUUAGCAGUUGUGUAGCAGACAGA